AUGGCCUCCGAAUACAAAUACGACGAAGGGUCCGACACGUGGCCCUACUUCGUGUUGGCCCUCCUUGUGUUUUUCAUGGUGCCAAUUACGGCGCGGUGGUUUCUUCGAGCAAUUUCAUCCGGCUCGUCCUCCAAAGCUGUGGAAGGCUCUAUUCCCUACAACCACGAGUCGUUGCAAUUAGCCAACAGCACCCAGAUCGAUAAGGUGCGCGCGCAAAAGCGGGCCGGUCGCGUGUUUAACCGUUCAUUGGUCAUUGUUGUGUUGGGCUGGGCCUUGGCUGCUUACAUCUGGAUCACCUACGCCAAGGAGGUUUCCUUGACAGGCUUCUUCGACCCAUACACCAUCUUGGAUAUUCCAUACACUGCUUCUGAGAAGGACAUCAAGUCCCGUUACCGUAAAUUGUCCUUGGUCUACCAUCCUGACAAGAUCGGUAAGGAUUUGACAGACAAAGUCAAAGAAGAGAUGGAGGCUGCUUUUAUUCAGAUUAACUUGGCAUACAAAGCUUUGACCGACGAGGUUACUAAGCGUAACUUGGAGUUGUACGGUCAUCCAGAUGGCCAACAGGAGGUCACUCAUGGUGUCGCCAUCCCUAAGUUCUUGGUCGAAGGUCGUUACUCUCAACUCAUGAUCUUACUCUACUUUGUGCUCAUCGGUGUAAUUUUGCCAUUCGUUGUGGGUAACUGGUGGAGCAACGUGAAAGCUACUACCAAAAGAGGCAUCCAUGUGGACACCGCUGCAUCCUUUGUUCGCCGCUUGGCUGACAAGAACCCUGCUGUUGUUUACACCCCCUACACUGUCCUUGACUGGAUUCUUGAGAGCGCUGAGGUCACUGCUCUCCGUGGUGACAAGUCUGUUCAGGAAAUCAAGGACCUUGUUCUUUCAUACUUCAAAAGAGAGUCAACCGGAUCAGACGAAGAGCUCACAUUGAGAGUGGUUUCAGAGCUCCUGCCACUUCUUACCGGCUUUAUUGAGAUUGCGACCGUAUUCAAGGUACCAGACGUCAUUUUGGCCGCUUUUGACUUACAAAAAGCCGUUCACCAAGCUUGUACUCCUUUGGGCAAACAUAGAGAAUUAUUGCAAUUGCCUUAUGUAGAUGCAAAGGUGGUUGAGGCACAAAGUGUGAAAAAGUUGGGUAAGCUCUUGACUUUGUCUGAUGAAGAGGCUGGCAAAGUUUUGGGUAUCUCUGACUCAAAGAAAUUGAAAAUUGCUUUGGAUGUCGCCAAGAACAUUCCUUUCAUUCGCGUUUUAGAUGCUUCAUUUAAGGUGCCAGGUGAGGACUACAUUUCACCAAAUGCAAGUGCACAUUUGGUUGUUAAAUUUUUGAUCAAAUCAGCCGCCUUGAAGUCCUGCCCAGAAAUUGACGAUCUGAGAUUUACUGAAGAAGAGACCAUCGAGGACUUGAAAAACCCUCUUAGGUCCAAUGACUUGCCUCCACAAUUGCCUGCAGCAUACGCCCCAUACUUCCCAGGUCUUGUCAGCAACUCUUGGGAAGGUUUCAUUGCUAAUCAAUCUGACAACAAAUUUAUCGAAGGUACUGAGAGUGCCCUGUUGAGAAAUGUCGAAUUGACGAAUUUGAAGUUGACGCAGAAGGAAUGGAUCGAGGGCAAGGAGCAUGUUGUAGCAAUCAGCACUUUCAAGGUCAAAUUGCCUGCACCAGUCCCACCAACUGUGGGUGACUUUCACUUCCGUUUGUUUUUGAAAAACAACGCAUACUUCGGCACAGAUGUUGAUAUUCCAGUCGACAUGGAGGUCAAAGCAGUCCCAAUUGACCAAGAAGCAGUCAAGAAGGCAGCAGGACUCGAUGAAGAUGAUUCCGACUCCGACUCUGACCUGGAUAUCUCUGAUCCAGAGGAAGACUCCAUUGCUGGCGCAUUGGCUGCUUUGAGGGGUCAAGGGGUGAAAAAGUCGAGUGAAGCUGACGAUGAUGAGUCUGACAACGAGAGUGUAUUCACAGACAUCAACACAGAUACAGAAGAUGAAGGAGAGGAUUAG